AUGGCGAAUUCUCAACUGAUUCCUCCAAUGGAUUCUUCGAAUCCUCUGUUUCUUCAUCCCUCUGAUCAUCCAGGGAUGAUUCUUGUCUCCAAACAAUUCGAUGGCACUGGAUUUGGAUCUUGGAAAAGAGCGAUGUCUAUUGCACUAUCUGCGAAGAACAAAUUCGGAUUUGUUGAUGGAUCUGUCACAAUUUCUACAAACCCUAGCCUGUGGAGUCGAUGUAACGACAUGUUGCAGAAAAGUAUUUGUGAAAUUUCACAAGGUAGUAGUGACAUUGCUACCUAUUUCACAAAAAUCAAAAGUAUUAGGGAUGAACUUAGUUCAUUAUCGGAGGUUCCAGCUUGUUCUUGUGGUGCUUAUGCAGUAAUUGCUAAGAAAGAAGAAGAAGAAAAGUUGAUUCAAUUUCUUAUGGGCCUAAAUUCCAGUUAUGAUAAUUAUGAUAAUGUCAGGGCAAAUAUUCUAAUGAUGCAGCCUCUCCCUUCAAUAAACAAGGCUUAUUCUCUUUUAGUUCAAGAUGAAAACCAAAAGGAGAUUCAUCCUGUUAGUCAAGCUUUUCCUGAUGUGUCGUCAAUGAAUGUUCAGACAAGAAGUGAUUCCAAGAAGCCUGUUUGUAGUCAUUGCAAGAAACCUGGUCAUUCUGUGAAUAAGUGCUAUAGGUUGAUUGGUUUUCCUAAAGACUUCAAGUUUAAUAAACCAAAACAUGUGGCUGCUAAUGCUUGUGCUAAUGAUUCACCUGUUCAUGCUAUGAGUUCUGGUUCUUGUCUUACUCCAGAGCAGUGUCAACAACUAAUUCAAUUCCUUCAUAAUACUCAGCUCAAGACCUUUUCUCAAUCUGAUACUCAAGAUGAAGAAUCUGUAAAUGAAAUCAAAUAUGCCAAUUUCGCAGGUAUAAUGGCAUGUAAUUCUAUUUCUAAUCCAAAGUCCAGAUGGAUCAUAGACACAGGUGCUAAUGAUCACAUGUGCUAUGAUCCUAGAUUACUCACUAAUAUAAAAACUCUUUCCAAACCUGUUUCCAUUUUUCUUCCUAACGGUGAUGUUUUAACAGCUACACAAUCUGGAACAAUGAACUUGCUUCCUAAUCUUACUCUUAAACAUGUUCUUUUGGUUCCAAAGUUCAAAAAUAAUCUGUUAUCAAUACCCAGAUUAUGUAUUGACACCAAUGGACUUGUUUUCUUUUCUAACAAAGCUUGUAUGUUGCAGGCCCCUUCUCUGAAGAGGCCAGUGGUUCUUGGUAAACUGCUUGACGGAUUGUAUCUUCUCAAAACUAAUGAGAUAGUUUCACAGUCUAGCUAUGCAGUUAAUGCGGAAAAAUAUCGGUUAUCAGUCAAGGACCGAUAUUUGAGAUAUCGUUUAUCGCAGUGA